ACAUACUCUAAAAACAUUUAUCCUCACUUCGUUGCUCCAAUCUCUCUGCAUUUUCUUCUUUUUUUCCCACUUUUUUCAAAACAUCAUGAAUUUCUUCAAAUCCGUUUUCUCAGACGACCCAGACCCUCCCGGAUCCGAAUCCGACUCCGACUCCGACAAUCACCGAUCUGAUGAAUCUUCCGGUGCCGGUGACGGCGACGGCGUCGGAGUGUGGAACUUCGGCGGUCUGAUGAAAACCUUGACGGAGAAAUCGGAAUCGAUCAUCGACAUUUACCGUCGCGAUCUGCAGGAGUUCGGCACCGGUUUGAAGAAGGAGAUGGAGGUUGCACAGGGUUCUCUGGAGACGGUGGGGCACGUCAUUGAUCAAUUCGGAAACACCGUGGCGAAGGGAACGGCUCAGAUCAUAUCUCAAGGGAAGGAUGUGAUUCUUGAAUCUGAUUCAGAUAACAAGAAGAAAAACGGUGCCGAAAAGAGCUUGGAAUUGAAAGGGUAUAGUAGGUUUGAUUCUCAGAUUCGUGCGAUUCAGGGUGACGCUAGCACUUACGCGGAAGCUCCUGAGGAUUUGGAUGAGUAUAACAUGUGGAAAUCGGAGUUUUCGUUGGAAGGGAAGAGUGAGGAAAUGGAGGGUUUUCUUAGAGAGACUGAUGAUAUGGAGAGUGUUUACAAAAGGUUUGUUCCUAACACGGUUGAUAGUGAAACUUUCUGGUAUAGGUAUUACUAUAAGGUAUAUAAGCUAAAGAAAGCUGAGGAUGUGAGGGCUAGGCUUGUGAGAAGAAUGUCGAGGGAAGAGGAAGAGUUGAGUUGGGAUGUUGAAGAUGAUGAUCAGAAGGAGGAGGAGGAGGAGCAUGUGGAUCAAGGUAAACCACAGCUUGUGAUUGAGAAUGAGGUUGAUGGUGGUUUUGAUGCUAAUAAUGUGGUGGGAACAGAGAUAUUGAAUGUGGAAGAGGUGCAUAAUUUUGGUGAGGAGGAGUCUAAGGUAGAAAAGAGAGAUAAUUUGUUGCAAAGUAAGGAACUUGGGAACAAGAUGGUUGAGUUUGUUGAUGAAGCAAAAGUUGACAAGAAAUCAGAGGUUGUUCAAGAGAUGGGUGAUGGAAGCAAGGAAACUAUUAAAGAAGAAUUGGAUAACACUGGGAACAGGAAUGAUUCUGCAGCAGCAGAUUCUGAUAAGAAAGUGGUAUUGGAAAGGAAGGCUGAGGAUGGAAAAUCUUCAUUGCUUGCUAGUCAGCACUCAGGGCAUGAGGAGGAUGAGGACCUUGAGUGGGAUGAGAUUGAAGAUCUUGGUAGUAUUAAUGAAAAGAAGGCUACUCGGAGUGGUAGCCCUGGCAAAGUUGAUUUGAGGAAGCGCCUGAAUGCUGCAGAAGAUGAAGAAGAAGACUUGAGUUGGGACAUUGAAGAUGAUGAUGACCCUGCUAAGGCUUGAGAUAUUUGAUGCAUUCUCAUAGAUAUAUACAUGUAAGUGUGUGAUUGUAUAAAUUUCUUAGAAGUAGUAGUGUCAUUGUUCUACAUCUUAAAUGUAUGAAAAGCAACUGUUUCUAUAGACAUCUCUUUCUUUUUUUCUUUUUUAAUAUGGGUGGCCAGUAAAUCUGUCUAUUUUGAAAUCAAUUGGAUAUAGCUCCCUCAUGUGGGAAAU